GGCCGCUGGAACGUGUACUGUACUGAAUGGCUGGACUGCUGAGAAGGAUGUGAAUGCAGAUAUCGUGGCUGUAAGUGAUCGCUGGUCAUCUGAUCGGCACUCCACAUCAUCAUCAUACAUAUAUAUAAUAUAUACUGUCACUCAUCACCGGCUGCCUGCUGCACCCAGCACAAGCAGCGGGGUCUUACCUUACAGACGCGGGCGCUGGAUGACUUCGUACAAGAUGCUGCAGAGCGCCCAAUGUUGUCUCCUCACCCUCGUCCUUCUAGUGCCGGCACUGGCGGAACAGACAGAAUACACAGAGAGUGAUGGCGGCUGGCAGUGGAACAACUACUCCCCGUUACAGGAAGAAGAUCGUUGUACGGUAGAGAGAAGAGACGCCUCAAUCACUUACGCAGAAUUUAUAGACCGAUACGCCUAUAGGAGACCGGUUAUCCUCCGUGGACUUACAGAUAAUUCGGUGUUCCAGUCACUGUGCCGCAAGGAGCACCUCCUCAGAGCGUACGGCGAUCGCCACGUCCGGCUGAGUACGGCAAACACCUACUCGUACGAGAAGGUGGAUGUCCCCUUCAGAGAAUAUUUAGAUCACUUGCUCAGACCCCAGGACCUGAACUCACUGGGCUGUGAUACUCUGUAUUUCUUUGGUGACAACAACUUCACAGAGUGGGGGUCACUUUUUCAGAAGUACACCCCACCUCCGUUCAAGCUACCAGGCACUACCGGGGCUUAUAGCUUUGGGAUAGCGGGUUCGGGGACAGGAGUCCCCUUCCACUGGCACGGGCCUGGCUUCUCUGAGGUCAUAUACGGAAGGAAGCGCUGGUUCCUUUACCCUCCCGACAAGACCCCUGAAUUUAAUCCCAAUAGGACCACUGUCUCAUGGAUGAUGGAUACAUACCCCUUCCUCCCGGCAGAGGAUCGACCUAUAGAGUGCACCAUCAGACCUGGAGAGGUACUGUACUUCCCUGAUCGGUGGUGGCAUGCCACGCUGAACCUCGAUACCAGCGUCUUCAUCUCCACGUUCCUGGGAUAGAGCGACAUCUCUCAUUGCACAACAACCAGAAGCCUCAGCAAGCACACACUGACAGCCCUCAGACCACUCUGUGACCUGCUGGAUCGGUCACAGCGAUCAGCGUCUGACCGUUUACACUACACGCGCUGGUCUUUACCCGGCGUGAGCCGCUACUCGCGGAACCCUGUGGAGAUCCGCAUGAAUUCAUGAAUUGUUUUAACAUAGCAAGUGAGGGUUUAAUUGUACAGGAGGAAGAGGCACUUGCUAAGUUAGCACUUUGCACACAACUUUAUUCCGAGAUAGGGAACUGGAUGUGUAGAUUUCUUACUGACGAUACUAAAUUAGUUUGAUUUCCUUGUUUUGAAUUCACUACGCCGUGGUUUUAGGAAGCCGUUAAAAAAAGGUUUGUAAGACACUGGGUGUCUGAUCCUCUUCCAGCACUGCUGGCAUACAAACACCACAUGGUGGCAGGUGCCUACUCCCAGCUUAUUUCCCUAUAGGCUGGCUCUUAAUAUAGCACAUCUAUCCAAUAAUUUAAGACAACCAGGUGCUAUUUGAUAGAAAUUAUCCCCAAUAAUCAGAUUUCUUAUUCACUUCCUAACACAACUUUUGUACUGUGACCAGCUCCUGACACAUAAAGGACCACGGGCAUGGAGCUUUGUCAGACCCGGCACCCAUCCAUAAACACCGAUACGUUUUUGAACUUUAGGACAAUAGCUAGUGCUCAUUCUAGCACCCAUCGCAAACUGUGCAGUUCCUAUUUCCUGCUUCUCUGCUCUGGUGCUUCUAGCUCACUCUGGUCUGUAUCUCAGCUCUGAGAUAAUACUAAUAAUAAUUUUAUUUAUAUAGUGCUCUUUCUCCAACAGGACUCAAGGCGCUUUACAUACAUCAAAAACAAUGCACAUAAGACUAGGUACAGACUAGAGUGUGCUAGAAGCACCCCAGCCAGGAAAAAGGAACUGCAGUGGUUGUGACGGGGUACUAGGAUGAACACACUGCCCACUAUCACUUUCCCAUAGGGCAGAUUUCAGUGAUAUGAGAGGAAGGUGACAAGAAUCAAGAACACAAGUACUGUUCCAUUAUAUAUGCCAGGCUGGCCUAGCCAAAUGUAUUACACGUAAAGGGCAUUUAUCACACUUCAAACACUGAUAAUUAUGUGAAUUGUGUUAUAUUUUAUUUGCAUUGUGACUCAAAUGAGUCUAUUCUGUUAGGAGUGAGUUUGGACCCAGAAGCUGCUCUCACAGCAAAUGUGCACCACCGUUUAUAUUUACAGUUUGAUUUCAAAGUUACGUUGCAUUUUCCCAGCAAACUCUCCUUUUGUUUGGGGGUGCGCCCCCUUCCGAGCAGGUGAAUAGGUAGGGAAAUACUUUCUAUUAAGGUUAAAAUGUGGGGACACAGUGCAGAACCUCAUGUACACCCCUCCCAACGAAUGUACAUGCACUUGGGAGGGGUGUAAAUAAUAUCAUUUGGCCAUGUCAGUUUUCUGGUGAAUUUCUUAGAGAAAAAAAAAACAACCACAACUUGAGGGUGGGGGGGGAGGGGGGGGGGCGAGUGCCACGUACGUCCACAUUUCUGCUCGCUGUUACCCAAGGUGGCAAGUAAAAAUUAGUGGUGUGGCACCCUAACCAGUACUUUACAUGGGUUUAGCCACUUUGCACAGCUACACUGGGUACUUUUUGGCGUAACGAGUGUGAUAAUUGAUGGGCACCAAAAAUUGAUUUGCUUUGUUGGGCGCCCAUUAAUUAUUGAAAACACCUCAAAACAAUUGAAUUCCCCCAAAUGUGUAAAUGACGUGGGACAGGUAUGGUGAUGUGUAAAUGAUUUAAGACAGGUUUUGGAUUUGAUGGGAGAGGGGUUUUUUUUUUUUUUUUUUUUUAACUAGAAGGGCCAAGUGUAAUGCAGUGCAAGACGGACAGAGUUACGAAAUUCCGGGCAAACUUGUAAAAAAAUUUUUAAAGCAGCAAUAAUUUAGAAGAUAAAACAAGGUUGGUUUUGCCUCGUAACUGUCGUCCACUUAAAAAAAAAAAAAAAAAAAAUCCACCGUACAAGUUCGGUCAAAAUUUCAGGGCUCCGGCCGUCUCGCCCUGCAUUACAUCCGACCCGAAGUGUGUUUUUCACCAAGAUGCCACUGUUAAACAAGUUUGUAAAAAUUCUCAUUAAACAUUUAAUGCACUUACAAAA